GCAGGAGGCAUUGGGGAAUAUUAUAACUUUGCAGCAAUAUAUGUAAAUAUCUCUCUGAACAAAAAGGAAAAGGUGCUGAGGGGCCUGAGCUGUUUCAGGGGUUAAAAGCUGUAACCACUGAUGCGUAUAUAUGAGGCUGUAUUCCUAGAACACGGCUUGUAGCCUGACUCAAGCUAUUACAGUCUAACAACAGGGACCAAUAGAAAGAGAAGAAGAUCCAAGAAAGCUGAGGCCAACACCAUGAUUCUAAAAGUCUAUACAAGCCUUUUUCUCUUAUUCUUGGUCAAUUCUGUGUGGACUCGAUCUGUGAGACAAGUUUAUGAUGACCUGGAUCCUGAGCAUUGGUCUCACUAUACUUCUGAGUGUCCACAGGAAUGCUUUUGUCCUCCUAGCUUCCCCAAUGCAUUAUACUGUGAUAAUAAGGGACUUAAAGAAAUUCCUCCAAUUCCAGCAAGAAUUUGGUACCUCUAUCUUCAAAACAACCAAAUUGAAACACUUUCAGAGAAGCCUUUUGUUAAUGCCACUCAUCUGAGAUGGAUAAAUCUGAACAAGAAUAAGAUCACAAACAGUGGAAUUGAGAGUGGUGUGCUGAGCAAGCUGAAAAGACUGCUUUACUUAUUCCUUGAAGACAACGAAUUAGAAGAGGUGCCUGCCCCAUUACCAGUGGGUCUGGAACAGCUAAGACUAGCUAAAAACAAAAUCUCCAAAAUCCCAGAAGGAGUCUUCAGCCACUUGGAAAACCUUACUAUGUUAGACCUGCACCAGAACAGUUUGUUGGACAGCGCUCUUCAAAGUGACACCUUCCAAGGACUCAACAACCUUAUGCAACUCAACAUAGCAAAAAAUUCACUCAAGAAAAUGCCUCUAAGCAUUCCAGCUAAUACACUGCAGCUGUUUUUGGACAACAACUCCAUCGAAGUUAUACCAGAAAACUAUUUCAGUGCAAUACCCAAAGUGACUUUCCUUAGGCUGAACUACAAUAAAUUAUCUGAUGAUGGUAUCCCUCCAAAUGGGUUUAACGUUUCAUCUAUUCUAGACCUACAGCUGUCUCACAAUCAGCUCACUAAAAUUCCACCAAUCAAUGCUCACCUUGAGCACCUUCAUCUUGAUCACAACAAAAUCAAAAGUGUCAAUGGUACUCAAAUAUGCCCAGUUUCCAUCGCCCUGGAAGAAGAUUAUGGUUACUAUGGCAACAUCCCUCGCCUCCGAUACCUUCGUCUGGAUGGAAACGAAAUUCAACCUCCAAUCCCAUUGGACAUCAUGGUUUGCUUCCGACUACUUCAAGCUGUUAUCAUAUAAAGAUAUUGCCGUGUCACUCUUGUACUGUGAGAGUGCUAAGAUACAAGUUUUGCUGGAAUGAAACUUGUUCUAACUCAUAAAUCAAGAAGUAACAGCUUUAUUUGACUUUAAUUUUUUUUUUUCUUUGCUUGUAUCUUUUCUACAGCCGAAAAGGUUUUUCUUUCAGAAGGGAUUUUGUGUGGACCUGAAACAUGUCCUAUAAAUUCAUAAUGAGAAUAUAUUGAAAAUCAUCGGUGUAAGAUCCUAAAUUUUCCAGAGAAAUUUCCUGCCUACCCCAUCUUUCUUGUCCAAUGUGACAAUGCCUACCCUACUAACAUUAUUCCUAUAGACAAGUUAUGUGUCCUUAUUUUGUUAUAUUGUAGCUAACACAAUGAAUUUGGGUGCAGUUGGCCAAA